AUGUAUUCUACGAGGCCGUCCGAGAUGAACGAGUACAAAUAUUCGAAAACCGCUUCGAUGCUCGGCAAGCUCGUCCACGUAAUAAGGAUUUUCGGCGUGUUCACAGCUAUCGUCAUGUUCGGGGUAGGUGUCGACAUCGCGAUACAUCACCAUGAAUUUGGACUUUACAUCAUGCUAAUGUCAUUGUUGGUGUUUUUUUUGGAAAUUACUUGGGCUAUCACAUUGUUCCUAAAUGUAUGCAUAAAAAACGAAUUCAGUCCUAUAUUCAACUUUUGGGAAAUAGUGCUGUGGUUGAGGCUUUGGAAGAAAUCACUGCUGUACACAGUUUUCUCGCUGGUGUUCUUUUUAUGGCCGCACGGUCUAUGGCUUUCUAACAUAGCAGGUGCCCUGCUGUUGUGGCUAUCAUUUUUAUACGUAGUCAUCACGUUCAAGGACUUCGUGCAAAAACGUUCGGACUUUGUCAUUGUGCCCAAAGGACAAGCGUCCACGUCGUACGACCAGUACGACGACAUAACCGAUUUGCUCGGAGACUCUAUUCAUGUGUCGUUGUCCGCUGACAAUCUAUCAGAAUUGGACCAGGAUGGAAUAUUAGAACUAUAA